CCGUCCGUCAAACCGAGAACGUGGCGUUGCUGCCGGAUACGAUUGUUCAUUGCGGGUCGCGAGGAAAUCGUCUCCGAUGAAACAUCAGUCCUUCUUCCGUUGUUGGCAGUUUCCAGGCAUCGAUGAUAGUGUAUGACCACUGCACUCCAUAGCGACCGUGCGUGACGUGCUGGAGAUCUCGAGAGACUUCACUGAGGGAGUUGUCGGACAUUAAUUUCGUCUUCUCGCAGAAGCGCCUCCGAUCUUCUGAAGACGAUUGGAGUAACAGCCCUUUCUGAGUGAUGAAAUAAUUGAAAAUGGCCUGGGUGGAAAAACAUGAAAUAGCUCGGGCAGUUGCCCUGUUGACAUGUCUACUGUCAGGUGUGUUGGAAAAGGUCCACGCCGGGUCGUCCUGCUUCUGCACCGACACUGCGUCAACUAAACUCCAGGGUGCCAAGCUCCUCGAGCAGGACAGAAGCAGCGGGAAUGCGUCGUCAGUGACGGAUUUGUGCACCACGGACGAGCAUUAUGCUUGCGAGACAAGGUGUGCGCUGGCCGGAUAUCCUCUGCACGCCUUCGACCACCGCGGCCACUGCUUCUGCGCUUGGAACCUUGUGCGAGCCGAGAAGAAUGCAUCGGAGGGAAACGUCAUUGCCUCUUUGGCUGUCUGUCGUCCGUGCAGCCAAGCCACUCGACCGCGGCACACAAGUUGUCAUUGCGGCGCAAGUGUCGACUCUCUGUGGGUGUGCUUGGCAAGUUAUGCAUCGCUUUCUGUUGUGUCCCCAGCGGUUGCCUACCUGGGUUGCUACACGUAUGACAAGCGUCACAUCGGUAAUCAGACUAUACCGACAGCCCUCCUCGGAAGCGAAGUGGAGACGUUCACCUAUUACGAUGCACCGACACCGCUCCAGUCCACGGCGGUGUGUGCCGGAUACUGCCGUGCACAGAACCCCAAAUACACGUACGCCGCCAUCGGCAACUAUUGGCACUGCGUGUGCGGUACUGCCAUCAACGAGCUGUUCAGAAGAAAGCUGGAUAGUAAAUGUGUUCCUUGCGAUGGCGAUCGGCAACUCAAGUGCGGCAGAUCGAAUUCCAUGGCAGUCUACAUGAUUCUAACAGCCAGAAUCACUGCAGAGCUGAACGGUGUGGCCCUGCCGGAGCACAGCACCCUGCGACCUGGGCAGAUGGUGACGAUGUCAUGCCGUGUGGCCGAGACUCUGCAUAGCCAGGGCAUUGCAAUGGCAUUCAGCUGGAACUGUAGUGAUGGUGACAGCAUGAACACUACCACGAACACAUCGGGCAGUCUGAAUGUCACUCUGGAUGAUGAGUGGCAGCAGCUAAUCUGCACAUGUUUUGUGGAUAUCAGCCAACCCUACAGCGGGCCCAGCUCAUUUGCCAUCACACAGUUCUCACUGUAUGUGGAAGAAGCCAACACAACACAGCUGUCGUCAACGGUUGGUGACGUGGUGACAGCAUUCUGUGACGUCACACCCUGCCUAGGUGGUUCACCUGUCUGGCAACCAGAAAUGUUGCAGUAUCAGCUGCAGUCAUCGGCGAUGGCCGGAAUCCUCCUGGAAUCGUCUGGACUGACGAAUAUGACGUUUGUGGCUUCAAAGUCAAUGAACAAUACUGCUUUCCAGUGUAUCUGUGAUGUGGACGACAUUGUUCUCGGGAAAUUCUCUUUGUCGGUGAAAGAGUUCCCUGGCAGUCUGUACAUUGACACGCCGGAGCUGCCUCACAUUGUACCUUCAGGUAGUACAGUCGCACUGCUAUGCAAGGCUAAUUCGUCAUUGGCAUCAGGACUCACCAUUGCGUGGCACUGGUAUUCGCCAGCUAACAGCGAUUCUCCGUCAGCGAAACAAGUCAAACAUGCCGUGCAUGAUCCCAUGCUGCGUUUGAUCAACGUCAGCGAGCGGGACACCGGUCUGUACACCUGCCGAGCCAAGAGCAAUGGUGUGGUUGUCCUGCGUACGCAUGUGCCCUUACAAGUGGAAGGCAAAGUAACCACCCGUGGCCACUCAACAUCUGACGCUGCACUUCCAACGUUCCCCGUUGAAACCCAACGGGACGGGGAAAAGGAAUCAUACUUUGAAGGAAACAACCUCGUCUACAUGUUGGUUAUUGCUGGGUUGGUUUUCGUUAUGUGCUCUAUCGUGAUGCUUGUCAUUACAACUCGACUCCGCCGGGCUCGGGCUGCUCGGCUGCGCAGAGCUGAAGAGGAGACUGAUGACGAUGACUCGGUGAGUGUUGAUGAAGUUGGCAUACACCAUAACAAUGAGACUACAAAUGAAGCUGAACGACAGUUGCAAGACAAUGCGCCCACCUCCGAACAGUCACCAUCGGCUCACUUUGGUUCCCUUUCCCAACGAAACAUGGAAAACGCAAGCAACGCUCCAAACCAAGCUAGGAGAAGUGUGGGUACUGGACAGUACGACAGCAUUUCCAAGGAUUCCUCUUUCUGCAUUUCACCAAUGCCAAGCAGCAUACAGUUUCAGAUUGGUCGACUGGAAGACCGCUCGUCACUGCCGCACACAUACAGCUCCGUACCGGUGGACAGCGACAGCGGCAGUAAAAACCGUGUGAUUGGCCGGAGUUCGAGGUUGACAUCUCAGUCCUCGUCAACAACUAGCAGCAUAAAUCACGAAUACGAUCAUCUACGCUACACGAACCUUGAGGAGAUGCUUGUUCAACCGUACCAACCUCCGCCAGACUCGGAAACGGCGAUAUACUCUCAUCUGAAGCAACGUGGCUAUCGGCGGAUUGAGGCCUCAGAUAUUGAGCUUGGAGGCGAAAUAGGCUCUGGACACUUUGGUGUGAUUCGCAGUGGUUGGUGGAUUGAAUCACAGAGUGGACGCCGUGUGCCUGUUGCAGUGAAGACCAUGCAAGACAAUCUCUGCAUGGAGAAGCGUGUAGAGUUCCUUCGAGAAGCGGCCAUCAUGUGCCAGUUCAGACAUCGCUACAUUGUCUACAUGUAUGGCGUAGUGACAUCUACGCUGGCAAAAGACACUAUGCUUGUACUGGAGCUCUUGGACCCGAGGAAUCUCCGCGAAUACCUGCAGGGACUAGCCAGCAAGUCAGUUACUCGAGACCUUGGCCAGCAGUUUCUUAGGUUUAGUGGCGAAAUUGCCGAGGGCAUGGCGUAUCUAGCGGCCAAGUCAUUUGUGCACCGGGACUUGGCUGCAAGGAACAUUCUCAGGGGUAUGGAUGGUACUUGCAAGAUUUCCGACUUUGGACUGUCCUGCAACAUCAGUGAUGUGCGCUGCUACACUGGAAAUGGGCGCCUCCUUCCGAUCCGCUGGAGCGCACCAGAGACCCUAUCAGCCAACAAGUUCUCAACGGCCAGUGAUGUAUGGAGCUACGGCAUUCUGCUGUAUGAGAUCUGGUCCGCUGGAAAGAGGCCGUAUCACCUGUGGAGCAACGAGAAGGUAGUGGAGGAGGUUCAGAGCGGGUACCGCCUGCCCAAACCAGUGUACUGUCCAGACGAUGUGUACGAGGUCAUGACGGAUAGCUGGAAUAAGAAUCGCCACCAUCGCCCAACAUUCCGCGCCAUCUCCCACCAGUUGGGUAUCACAGACAUGACCAAAGUUGCCUGGGCUACUGAAGCAGUAGCGGCCACAGCAGCACAGGACCAAAGCCUGCAGUACUGCCUGCCGUUUGAACUGGCCCUGCCUGCCGUUUGAACUGGCCCUGCCGACCUAUCCUAGUUCCGUGUACAGUGAUCAAUCUGAUCAUGCAUGAAGAGGUUUUAGCCAUGGCUUUGAACUAAUUACUUACAGCCGCCUGAACAUGGUGCCUCUUCAGUAUAAUGUGUAUAGGACAGGGAUAGCAGAGAUGUGCCUUGUGCUUUUGGCCAUAAUUUAUGCAUAGCAGAGAUGUGCCCGUUGUACUUUUGGGUGUGAUUUCUGUAUAGCAGAGGACUCCUAUAGUAAUCCGGCCUCUGUCCACUGGAUGAUUUUUGACAAGUUUUUGAUUCUUGAGAAUUCCCUUGACCUGAUAGCAUGCCCUUUACACCUUAUCAUAUCCCUACUACACUGUGUGCGCACAGUCCUCUGGGCUACUAUUUGCACAUGUAGCAGAACCUUUCCUCAACUCUGUGCCCUCAUUUCCCCCUUUCUGCAGGUCGCUUUUCUAAAUUGGAAAAAUAAUUGGUGCUACAAAGUCCCCGCUCUAAGUCACUGCUAGCAUGCUGUAACUUUUUCAUACACACAGGUGGUAAUCACAAUCUUGUACUCUUUCCAGCUUG